CAGGGCGGGAAGCGCCGCCGGACCGCAGCCUCCAUGGAAACCGCCGGGGGCGGGAGGGGUCGCUCCGCCCGCGGGCCCCGCCGGCAGCACCACCCGGCCCGGCCUUCCCCGGGGAAGGAAGUUAGCGGCGGGCCGCGCCGGGCAUGCAGCAGGGCCGGGAGGAGGAUGAGGAGCUGGAAGAGGAGGAAGAGGGGGAUGACGGCCCAGAGAGGGCUCUGGAGAAGAGCCCCUUCCAGCUGACGGCCGGGGAUGUCUAUGACAUCUCCUCCUUGGUGGGCCGGGACCUGCUGCAGCUCAGCACCGGGCCGCAGGUGCCCGCCACCCUGGCCCGGCUGCAGUUCAGGAUCGUGAGGGUGCUGGAGAUGCUGGAAGCGCUGGUGAGCGAGAGCAGCCUCACCGAGGAGCAGCUGCGGAUGGAGCGGGACAGCCUGCGGCGGGAGUUGGAGGCACUGCGGGGAGAGGGCACCCAAGGGAGCGCCCAGCAGCUCAGCCUUGGACCAGAUAAAAUGGUAAUAGACCUCACAGAUCCAAAUCGCCCCCGGUUCACGUUACAGGAGCUGCGAGAUGUACUGCAAGAGCGUAACCAGCUGAAAGCUCAGCUUCUUGUGGUGCAAGAGGAGCUACAGUGCUAUAAGAGUGGGAUCAUCUCACAGAGAAAGGACCAAACUGAAGAACUGGAAAAAGAAGCCAGUGGCAGCAGCCCCAGCACCAGCAAGUACAGCGAAGAUAAGACAAUCAUGAAACGGCUGUUCUCUUUUAAACAUGGAAAACGAGCAUCCUCAAGAACUUAACCACUUCUGUGCAGAAAUGGCACUGUUGAGAGCCUCUGAGGAGUCAGGGGAGUCAAUGAUUGGAAGAAAAAGCAUCGCUCCUACUGUAGAGAAUAAGCAAUCACAUAAAAAUUGUGUUGUAUAAUAUUCUUUCAGAAUAGAUUUUACUUUGCUGCUUUAGAAACUAAGACAGACACUUUUUGUAUUUCUUACCCACAUGUAGAGAAUAAAUGUUUAUACAAAGGUGAUUUUUAUUCUUAUUAAAAGAGCCUGUGA